AUGGCGCAAUCGCAGGAACAGCAGGUGAUGCGAAGGAAGCUUGUCAUCAUCGGCGAUGGAGCUUGUGGAAAGACGUCGCUGCUGAGCGUCUUCACGCUAGGUUACUUUCCAACUAGAUAUGUGCCCACUGUCUUUGAAAACUAUGUGACCGACUGUAGAGUCGACGGCAAGAGCGUGCAGCUGGCACUCUGGGAUACCGCAGGGCAGGAAGACUACGAACGUCUACGGCCGUUGGCGUAUAGUCAAGCUCAUGUCAUUCUCAUCGCUUUCUCUGUCUCGAGUCCGGACUCGUUACAGAACAUCACUACCAAGUGGCAUCCUGAAGUGCUCGAUCGCUGCCCCGGUGUUCCCAUCAUCCUCGUCGGUCUCAAAAAGGAUCUGCGAGAUGAUCCCGUUGCGCAGGAAGAAAUGCGUAAACGCUCUGAGAAGUUCCUUACAUCCGAUGAAGGAGAAGACGUGCGUAAACGGAUCGGCGCGAAGAAGUACCUCGAAUGCUCCUCGUUAACUGGUGAGGGCGUCGACGAUGUAUUCGAGGCUGCCACCAGACAGUCUCUGCUGAGUGGAGGAAAGGAAGGCAAUUCGAGGGGCUGCUGCACAAUACUCUAG